UCUCUGUUUGGUCCUCCUGCUCCCCCGCCUUCCCCGCGCUCAGCGCACGGGACACCCGCCGCCCCCGUGCACCGCCACGCGGCCCAAACCACGCUUUCGCUCCACUCCGCUGCUUUUCCAACCGCCGCUCACGCGAAUCUCGACGCCGCCGCUUCGAGCCCCCCCUCCUCCACCUCCACUUCCUAUGGCGUGCUCGGUGGCGGCUGGUGCCGAGGCGACCGCUCUCCUGUUCCGCCACCCCGCCCCGUCUCUAAUCGCCGGGCGCCGCUGCCAAGCCGUGCCCCGCCGGACUCGCCACCGAAAUCUCAGGAUUGGCGUGCAGCCUCCUCAGAAGAGUACGCCUAGUGCUAACCACCGUAAUAGGCCUAAUAUCCAGAGAGAUAUAGCAGCAGCUUCCAGUGACGAAGAUCGCCGACAGAAUUUUGAAGACGAAAAUGGCCUGCCAAACAUUCAACUGGAAGAUUUGGUAGGAAUGAUACAGAAUACUGAGAAAAAUAUAUUGCUUCUGAAUCAAGCUCGUCUUCAGGCAUUGGAACAUGCUGACAAAAUUCUUAUAGAGAAGGAAGCUUUGCAACGGAAGGUUAACAUUUUAGAGAUGAAAUUGUCGGAAACUGGUGCACAACCAAAGCUUUCAAGUGAAGGGAAGUCUGCUGCAGAGAUUAGUGACUCUCAGAUUCUUAUGGAGUUUGAUGUUCUAAAGGAAGAGAAUAUGCUACUUAAGGAUGACAUAAAAUUUCUUAAAACAAAGCUUAUCGAGAUCACUGAGACAGAAGAGAGUCUAUUCAAAUUGGAGAAAGAGCGCGCUCUUUUAGAUGCUUCUCUCAGAGAGCUGGAGUGUAGAUUCAUAGCUGCCCAAUCUGAUAUGUUGAAACUUGGUCCUCUGCAGCAUGAUGCCUGGUGGGAGAAAGUAGAAAAUUUGGAAGAAUUGCUUGAAUCUACAGCAAAACAAGUCGAGCAUGCUGCUAUGAUACUAGACCGCUAUCAUGAUUUCCAGGAUAAGGUUGAAAAAUUAGAAGCAUCAUUGGGAGCAGCGAAGGUAUCAAAAUUCUGUUUUUAUUUGGUUGAUCUUUUGCAGCAAAGGGCAAAAUCAGUAGAAGAGCGCUUCCAGGCAUGUAAUCAUGAAAUGCAUUCUCAAUUUGAACUGUAUGAGCACUCAAUAGUGGAAUUUCAUGAUACUCUCAACAAAAUAAUAAAGGAAAGUGAGAAAAAAUCACUGGAGCAUUAUGCAGAAGGCAUGCCAUCUGAGUUCUGGAGUAGAAUCUCUCUUUUGAUUGAUGGGUGGUCGCUUGAGAAGAAAAUAUCCUGCAAUGAUGCAAAUAUGUUAAGAGAAAUGGCUUGGAAAAGAGAUAAUUGUCUUCGGGAAGCAUACUUGUCAUCCAGAGGUAUGGAAGAGAGGGAACUGAUGGAUAGUUUUCUAAAGGUGGCACUACCUGGAACGAGCUAUGGUUUGCACAUUGUCCACAUAGCAGCAGAGAUGGCUCCUGUUGCAAAGGUUGGUGGUUUGGCAGAUGUGAUAUCUGGUCUUGGCAAGUCACUUCAGAAAAAGGGGCAUCUAGUUGAGAUUAUUCUUCCCAAAUAUGACUGCAUGCAGCAUAAUCAAAUUAACAAUCUUAAGGUUCUAGAUGCUGUGGUACAGUCCUACUUUGAGGGACAUGUGUUUGGGAACAAAAUAUGGACUGGGACUGUCGGAGGCCUUCCUGUCUACUUUAUUGAGCCACAGCAUCCAGCUAAGUUCUUCUGGAGGGCACAAUACUAUGGAGAGCAUGAUGACUUCAAACGUUUUUCCUACUUUAGUCGUGCAGCACUGGAAUUACUUUACCAAUCUGGGAAGAAAAUUGACAUAAUCCACUGCCAUGACUGGCAGACUGCAUUUGUUGCACCUCUUUAUUGGGAUGUAUAUGCAAAUCUGGGCUUCAACGCAGCUAGAAUUUGUUUCACCUGCCACAAUUUUGAAUAUCAAGGAACUGCUCCAGCUCAGGAUUUAGCAUACUGUGGCCUUGAUGUUGAGCACCUGGAUAGACCAGACAGAAUGCGAGAUAAUUCGCAUGGCAGAAUAAAUGUUGUUAAGGGUGCAAUUGUUUAUUCCAACAUUGUCACAACUGUAUCACCAACAUAUGCUCAAGAGGUCCGCUCAGAGGGUGGGCGUGGGCUCCAAGAUACACUUAAAGUGCAUUCCAAGAAAUUUGUCGGAAUACUUAAUGGAAUCGACACAGACACAUGGAAUCCUUCUACAGAUAAGUUUCUCAAAGUUCAGUAUAUUGCUAAUGAUCUACAUGGGAAAUCAGCAAACAAAGCAGCUCUCAGAAAGCAGCUAAAGCUGUCUUCUGCUUAUGCUUCCCAACCACUAGUUGGUUGCAUUACACGGUUAGUUCCUCAAAAGGGUGUACAUCUCAUCAGGCAUGCGAUCUACAAAACAGCUGAGUUAGGAGGACAGUUUGUUCUUCUGGGUUCAAGUCCAGUACCACAUAUUCAAAGGGAAUUUGAGGGUAUUGCAGACCAUUUUCAGAACAACAACAAUAUCCGGUUGAUUUUGAAGUAUGAUGAUGCUCUGUCACAUAUGAUUUUUGCAGCUUCAGACAUGUUCAUUGUUCCUUCUAUGUUUGAGCCAUGUGGCCUCACUCAGAUGAUAGCCAUGCGGUAUGGUUCUGUGCCAAUCGUUCGAAAAACAGGUGGUUUGAAUGACAGUGUUUUUGACUUUGAUGAUGAAACGAUACCUGUGGAACUGCGAAAUGGCUUUACAUUUGUGAAGGCUGAUGAGCAGGGUUUUAAUAGUGCAAUGGAAAGAGCUUUCAACUACUACACUAGAAAACCAGAAGUCUGGAAACAAUUAGUACAAAAUGACAUGAGGAUAGAUUUCAGCUGGGAUUCUUCAGCUUCACAAUACGAGGAUAUCUAUCAAAGAGCGGUUGCUCGAGCAAGGGCGGGAGCGUAAACUCAGAUGAUUUCCUGACCAUGAACAGUUCCGGAUGAUGUGCUUUAUUGUAUGGUAACUAUGGUUCUAUGAGCUCUGAAUUACGCAUCCGCUGAAGAGAAGCACAUUGUGGAUCGCUACUCGGGUGUACAAAUGGCGACAUUGCGUUAUGUGCAGUUCUCAACAGAGCAAAGAGACAGAACGGAUUUGUCAGAACCACACAUGAAAUGAGUAUGCUUCAUGCUGCAGCGGCUGUAGGAUGCAGAAUUACUAGCUGGCCCCUGGCCCCCGUGUAUGCUCAGUGCCAGUGCAGACUAGUUACAAGUUAUACGUGAUUGUUCGGCUCUGUCAGGCUGUGAACAGAUAUUACAUAGUUCAUGUAAUUUGGUUGGCAUGAAGUGGUGUAAAUUGUACUCUCAUCUGUGCAAAGUUUGUGUUGUCUUGUC